GCUCAGCAACAUUGUUUAUAAAAUGGUGGCCCAACUAAUCGUGUUUUUAGGAUAGUUUACAUUAUGAUUAUGUAGAUCUAGACUUGAUCAACGAUAAUAGAUCUAGAUCUAGAACAACUUUGUAUAUUUCUGGUACGUUAAUCCUUUCAGUAAAUAGAUCUGGAUUGUAAAAUAAUUGUAUAAAGACAAGAAAGAACUACGUUCCUGUACAACAUAAUUUUUUUAAAAUGGAGGCUGAAGUGGAGACUAGGAGUCAGCCUAUCACAAAUACUGCAUCUAGAGCUGACCAACUCAAAGCCAAGCUUUACUCUUAUGCUCCUUUUACUCCACUACCUAAUGCAGAUGCACUUGUUUUUAAAGGACUUACAAAAGCUCAAACAAAUCGCUUAAAGACACCUAUUGGACCUUAUGUAGAACCACUGCCUGCUUUACAAAAAUAUCAAACUGUGAAUAAACCAGAAUACAUUCACAAGAAAAACUUGGAAGGCUUAGAAUUGAAACGAAAAAAUAAGGAAGCUGAGCUGUUAAAUGACCCUAAAAGAAUGAAGAGAGCUGGAUCAGUCGAACCAAUGGAAAUUGUUCCAAAAUUACCAGAAUUACCUCAGGAACUAAAAGAAAAACAAGAAGAAUUAAUACCUCGUCCAAUAACACCAAGAGAUGUAAGAGGUUUGUCACCAAAGAGCAGAGUUCAUGUGACGGGACCAACAAAUCCUACCACAACCAGAAUGAAAUUACCUGCAUCCUAUGAAGGCCUCAGAGAUAUGCAUCAGAUAAUCUCUGUUGUCAAAGACGAUCCAAAAGUGGGAUUCUUGUAUUUAAGUCCAGCUGUAUCAAAGUCUUCUGUGCAUUAUCACUAUUAUAAUCUAAAAGUUGUCAGCCACCAACAAAUUUACAAACCUGAUUACCUGACCAUCAGCCAGAAAGGUGUGACUCGAAUGAGGAAAGAUGAUGAGACAGAAUUUAUUUUGUUGGACCAUUGGGAGCAGGAGGUUUAUUAUUUUGAGAAACUUAGAAAGAUCAAAACAUUUGCUCUCUUUCGAAUCUGGAAAGCCUUUAGUGUUUGGUACAAAAAUGUUAGGACAUCGAAAAUUAAAAGUUGUAAAAAAUCUCUGGAUGAAAAUCUUUUUAUUGUGAACCCUUCACUACGACCUGCAUUACUGAAUGUAAGAGAGAUGUGCCACCGCAUCAGUGAGAUGGGUUUGUGUCAGAUAGAUAAGGAUCAUACUUAUACAUUGACAGAGUUUAGAGAGGCUCAGUUCAACCAGCUAAAUGAUGUGGCUGGUAGGCUCCAAGACUUCAGAGAGUUAGUUAAAGAAGUUGUUAGAAGUGCCUGUAGAACUGCGCUCCUAGAAGCAGGCUUUACCCCUGAUGACUACUACUUUGAUGGGGCAGAGACUCCAGGAAUGUAUGGAGAUCUAGGGGAUGGUCCUGGUUCAUCAUAUCAUCUACAAUCCAACUAUGAUAUGGACAUCUAUGGAGAGGCCCCUGAAAAAAUGACUUACACAGAACAAGCCAACAAAAGAGCUCAUUGCAAAAGGCUGACUUGCUUUAUCAGACUGUCAGACUAUCUGAUUGUCAAUACAAUGCAUGUACUUGCUGUAAACUCUGUCUCCACAUUACUGAGCUACCUCAGUGAACAACUUGAGAACACACCAUCCCUUGCUGAAAUACAAAACUAUAACAAUCCCAAUGCUGAGAACAAGGAAGCUGCAGCUGACAAGAAAGAGAAAAAGGAUGAAAAGGUGGAAGAUGAAGAAGAAACUAAGUCCCCUCCCUUGUUCAUCACAGAACUGAUGCUGGAACCCAGUCAGCUUCUGUUCUCUCCAGAUCAUGAUGAUUUUCAAGAUGGCAUUGCGGAGGUCAUCAAAAGAUUUCAAGAUGCAGUCCUGAGUGUUCAGAACUUGGUACCUGAUGGCUAUUUUGAUGCUUUCACCAGGCCAAUAAUUAACAACAAAUUUGAGGACAAAACCUGUGGAGAAGGACCAAGCUUAUCUACCAUGUUUGAAGAUGACAAACACCUACAGAAUAUCAUUCACAAGAUAAGAGAUGCUCUUGUUGCUGCUUUCAAUGCUGCCACACAGUACUCAGAUAUCUUUGAAACUUAUAGAGAGUUUUACAGGGAAAACGAAAACACUGACCUCAAGAGUGUUAGAGAGGCAGAACAUGCAGAAGUCACACUUACAGAUGUGCAGUUCUUUGCUGAACAUCUAGCCAAAUACAACACACAGCAUGUCAUGGCCAUGAGGAUUGUUGAAAAAAGACCAAUAGGAAUGCUCCUUGUGGACACUGUCAAAAUGAAGUCACUGUUAAUACCUUCACCACUUAGAUGUCUUGAUGUUAUCAAUGACAUGCUACCAGAACUAGCAAAGAAAGAGGUUGACAGACUUAUAGCAGAACUGCAGGAUGCCAACUUUAGACUUGAAGUUGUUCCAACAACAACCAUUGAGUUUGUGAAUUCACUGAGAUUCCUAGAUGACAUCCAACUCAGGAUUGACCCUCUAGAAAGAGAAGCUUUGAUUGUGAAGGAAAUGUAUGAGCUUAUUGAUCAGUUCCAUGUUCCUAUGCCAGAUGUUGAUUUGGUCACCUACCAGACACUGAAUCCAUCUAUCAUCACUGUAAGGAAUGCCAUUGAUAAAGCACUGACUGAGCGAGACAGCAACAUUGACAAAUUCUGUAAUCAUUUGGACAAAGAUAUCGCAGAACUUGGUAAAGAAGUGAAAGAGAUGAAGCAGGAAGCCCAGAAUCCAAUGAUACUUGAUCCUAGCUCUGAUAAAGAAAAAGUUCGAGCUCUUCUGAAAAAAAUGCUGGCCACAAUGGAGAAGUUACAAGAGCAAGCUUUCACUUACAAGUCUUAUCAAAAAAGUUUCAAGGUUGAAGUAGCAAAGUUCGAUGCCCUUGAGGAAACUCAUGCUGAGCUAAAACUGAAGGAUAUUCUGUGGAAUGCAAUAGAUGAAUGGGAUGCACUUAUGAAUGAUUGGACAACAAUAACCUUUGACAAACUGGAGCCUGAGCAGAUGAACAAUACAACACUGACCUAUGCAAAAACUGUCAUGCAGUUGGAAAAAGGUUUACCUCCUAAUGGAGUUGUCCCCCUUCUCAAGGAAAAAGUGGAGCUAAUGAGAGAAAGGAUGCCAGUGAUUACAGAUUUGAGAAAUCCAUCACUCAAGCCACGCCACUGGGAAAUGAUUUAUGAAAUUUUAGAUUACCAGUUUACUCCAGAGAAUCCGAUGACACUUGGCAAGCUGGUGGAGAUUAAAGCUUUCAAACAUGAUGAGAAACUGAGAGAGAUUUCAGGACAGGCCUCCAGUGAAGCAUCAUUGGAAUCCAUUCUUAAAAAGGUUGUGGAUUCCUGGAAGACAACAGAGUUCAUUGUCCUCAACCACAAAGAUUCCAAAGAUGUUUUCAUCUUAGGGAACACAGAUGACAUUCAGCAGUUACUAGAUGACAGCAUCAUCAACAUAGCUACUAUCGCCUCAUCUCGCCAUGUGGGACCUAUCAAGUCUCAAGUGGAUGAUUGGCAGAGAGACUUGGAUCUUUUUGGAAGAACAUUGGAUGAAUGGCUGAACUGCCAAAGAAACUGGAUUUACCUGGAAUCAAUAUUCUCUGCACCAGACAUUCAACGCCAACUGCCUUCAGAGGCCAAGAUGUUUAUGCAGGUGGACAAAUCUUUCAAGGAUGUGAUGAGGAAGGUGAACAAAGUGCCAGCAGCCAUGAGAGCUGCCACCCAACCUGGACUUCUGGAAACUUUUCAAAAUAACAAUGGAUUAUUGGAUCAAAUUAUGAAAUGUCUUGAAGCUUAUCUGGAGUCCAAGAGAGUUAUAUUUCCAAGGUUCUACUUCUUAUCCAAUGAUGAGCUCCUAGAAAUCUUGGCUCAGACCAGAAACCCACUUGCUGUUCAACCCCAUCUUAGAAAAUGCUUUGAUGCCAUUGCUAAGCUUGAAUUUGGCAUUCAGUCAACUGGAGAUGGAAAAGCAACACCUGAACUUGAAGAAGAAGACAAGAAUCAAGAAGUUCAUUACACUAAUGAUAUACUGGCCAUGUUAUCACCAGAAGGAGAAAAGGUCUCACUGGGAAAGGGUCUCAAAGCUAGAGGUAAUGUUGAAGACUGGUUAGGUAAAGUCGAGGAAGCUAUGUUCAGUAGCUUGAGACGUCUUUGCAAAGGAGCCAUUGGAGAUUAUGAGCGGAGACCAAGAGAAGAGUGGGUUGUGUCUCAUUCAUCACAGGUAGUGCUGACUAUCUCCCAACUUCAAUGGUGUAGGGAUGUGACUGAGGUCCUGGAAGGUGAUUUUGACAGACUAGAAGCAAUGAAAGAAUUUGAACAGAAGAGCUUUAGUGAUCUGAAUGCCUUGGCUGCUAUAGUGAGAGGGGAGUUGCCUAAGUUGGCCAGAGCUAUCCUGUGUGCCCUUAUUACUAUAGAUGUCCAUGCCAGGGAUAUGAUCACAGAUAUGGUGAAGAAGCAGGUUGACCAAGUGGCCAGCUUUGAAUGGCAGAAACAGUUACGUUACUACUGGGAUCCAGAGAUGGACAAUUGUGUUGUCAGGAUGUCCAACUCAGUCUAUGAGUAUGGCUAUGAGUAUCUGGGGGCUUCACCCAGACUUGUCAUCACACCAUUAACAGAUCGCUGCUACCUUUGUCUGAUGGGAGCGCUACAACUUGACCUUGGUGGUGCACCAGCUGGUCCAGCAGGCACAGGAAAGACAGAGACAACAAAAGAUCUGGCCAAGUCACUGGCUAAACAAUGUGUUGUCUUUAACUGCUCUGAUGGCUUGGAUUACAAGAUGAUGGGUGGUUUCUUCUCUGGUUUGGCUCAGUCUGGUGCCUGGUGUUGUUUUGAUGAGUUUAACAGGAUCAACAUUGAAGUCUUGUCUGUCAUAGCCCAGCAACUCAUCACCAUAAGAAAUGCUAAAGCUCAACGGCUCAGCAGGUUUAUGUUUGAGGGGAGAGAAAUCAAGUUAGUCUACACCUGUGCUGCUUUCAUCACCAUGAACCCAGGCUAUGCUGGCAGAACUGAGCUGCCAGACAAUUUGAAAGCUUUGUUUAGACCCAUAGCCAUGAUGGUACCAGAUUACACUCUCAUUGCUGAGGUGAUCCUGUACUCUGAAGGCUUCGAGUCCUCAAAAGGACUAGCCCAGAAAAUGACCCAAAUGUACAAAUUGUGCUCAGAGCAGUUGUCGCAACAAGACCACUAUGACUUUGGCAUGAGGGCCGUGAAGAGUGUCUUGGUGAUGGCUGGCUCUCUUAAGAGACAAAAUCCAGACAAAGCCGAAGAUGUUGUUUUAAUUAGAGCUUUGAGGGACAGCAAUUUACCCAAGUUUUUGGCACAGGAUGCCAUGCUGUUCCAGGCCAUCUUGUCUGAUUUGUUCCCUGGAGUGGAAAUCCCAGAACAUGAUUAUGGUAGAUUAAAAGAAGAAAUCAUUAAUGUUCAAGUUGCUAAAGGACUUCAAGUUGUGGAGAAACAGAUUGUUAAAGUGAUACAGUUUUAUGAGACCAUGAUUGUGAGACAUGGUGUCAUGUUGGUUGGUCCUACUGGUGGAGGGAAAACCACUAUUUAUCAGAUCUUAGCCCAGACACUUGGUAACCUUCAUGAAGAGAAACUGGGUGUUGAUUUCUACCAACCUGUGCACACCUAUGUUUUGAAUCCUAAAGCUAUCACCAUGGAGGAGCUGUACGGAGGUGUGAACAAAUUGACCAUGGAGUGGAAAGAUGGGCUAAUGGGUAAAACUGUUAGGAAUGCUGUGCAGGAUACUUCAGAAGAUCACCAAUGGAUAGUCUGUGAUGGCCCAGUCGAUGCAUUAUGGAUUGAGAAUAUGAACACUGUACUUGAUGACAAUAAGAUGCUCUGCCUGGCCAACAGUGAACGCAUCAAGUUUACACCUUUCAUACACAUGCUUUUUGAAGUGCAAGACCUGGCAGUAGCCUCCCCUGCCACAGUUAGCAGAUGUGGCAUGGUGUACAUAGAUGCUGAAGAGCUGAAGUGGAUGCCCUAUGUUAAGACUUGGAUCAAAGCCUAUGAAAAACGCCUGAAGCCUGAAACACUGGAGUUCCUGCUAAUGUUAUUUGAAAAAUGUGUUGAAAAUGGACUCCAGUUUGUCUACAAAAAAUGUGAACAAGCUAUCAAUCAGGUUGAUAUUAGCAAAGUUGUAACACUAUGUCAUCUUCUGGAGGCUUUGAUUUUCCCUGCAAGAGGAGGUCUGGACAUGAACCUUGAACAAGGAAAACUGCACAUGCUGAUUGCACAAACUUUUGUGUUCUCUUACCUCUGGUCAGUUGGAGGAAAUCUCACAGAAAAUUACUGGGAUGCAUUUGACACUUUUGUUAAGACACAGUUUGACGAUAUGGGUGAAGCUAAGCUGCCAUCCGCUGGAGACUUAUGGAGCUACUAUGUGGACUAUGAGGCACGGCGAAUGGAUUCCUGGGAGAAGAUCAUUCCCAACUUCAAGUACAACCCUGAGGGAUCCUUCUUUGAGAUGUUGGUUCCUACAGUGGACACUGUCAGGUUUGGCUAUAUCCUUGAGAAACUGUUGAGUGUCAGGCGAUCUGUUCUUUACACUGGUGGUACUGGUGUUGGCAAGUCUGUGGUGGCUAGAGGACUGCUGGAGAGUAUUGCAGACAGACAAAAUUAUGUUCCAAUCUUUAUCAACUUUUCUGCACAGACAAGUAGUUUCAGAACACAGGAGAUGAUUGAAUCUAAGCUUGAGAAACGAAGAAAAAAUGUUUUAGGUGCCCCCAAAGGAAAGAGAGUCAUCAUCUUCAUUGAUGACUUGAACAUGCCCAAAUUGGACACUUAUGGCUCCCAGCCCCCAAUAGAGCUACUGAGACAGUAUCAAGACUUUGGAGGUUUCUAUGACAGAGACACCAUGUUGUGGAAAGAAAUAGAGGAUGUAACUUUAUCAGCUGCUUGUGCACCCCCUGGUGGUGGCAGAAACCCUGUCUCCCCAAGAAUGUUCCGUCACUUCAGUAUGCUGUGCAUUCCUUCACCUAAUGAGCACAGUUUAAAGCACAUGUUCAUGGCCAUCAUGAAUGGCUUCCUAAUGGACUUCCCUACAGUAGUAAGACAAUGUUCCGAGGCAAUAGUAGGUGCCUCUGUGGAGCUGUACUUUAGGAUGAGCUCUGAUCUACUUCCUACUCCUGCCAAGUCUCAUUAUGUCUUCAACUUGAGAGAUUUGUCUAAAUGUGUGCAAGGAAUGUUGCAAGCAGACCCAGGGGUCAUCAGAGAUAGACUUCAGAUCUUCCGUCUCUUUGUUCAUGAGACUCAGCGUGUCUUUCAUGACAGGCUUAUAAACAAUGAAGACAAAAUGUUCUUUCAUCAGAUCAUGUCAGAAAUGGCCAGCAAACAUUUUGGAGAGACUGUGGAAGCAGAAUCAUUUGUAACUAAACCAAUUUUAUUUGGUAACUUUAUGAAAAUUGGAGCCCCAGAAAGUGACAAGAUGUAUGAAGAAAUGACAGAUAUGGUCAAAGUCAAUACAGUAUUAACUGAUUAUCUGGAUGAUUACAAUAUGCAGUCCUCCAAAGAAAUGAAGUUAGUUUUCUUCAUGGAUGCCAUUGAGCAUGUCUCCAGGAUUGUCAGAAUGCUGCAACAGGAAAGAGGCAAUGCCCUGUUAGUGGGUGUGGGAGGUACAGGAAAGCAGUCACUAACCAGGUUAGCAGCCCACAUUUGUGGCUACAAAUGUUUCCAGAUUGAACUUUCCAGAGGCUAUGAUUAUUCUGCCUUCCAUGAAGAUCUGAAGAAAUUGUAUGACCUGGCAGGUGUACAGAACAAACACACAGUCUUUUUAUUUACUGACACACAGAUUGUUGUAGAAGAAUUUCUGGAAGAUAUCAACAACAUACUCAAUUCUGGAGAGGUGCCAAACUUAUUUGAGCCUGAUGAAUAUGAAAAAUUAAUCAUAGGAUGUCGACCAGCUGCAAAGGAGGCUGGUAUACCUGAAGGAAACAGAGAUGCCAUCUAUGAUUUUUGUAUCAGCAGAGUCAGAAAUAACCUUCACAUUGUGUUGUGCAUGUCACCUGUGGGCUCAGCCUUCCGCAGCCGAUGCCGCAUGUUCCCUUCACUGGUUAACUGCUGCACCAUAGACUGGUUUGUGGAGUGGCCCAAGGAGGCACUUCUUGGGGUCUCCAAAUCAUUUUUUGAGAGUGUUGACCUUGGUGCACAAGAUCACCUUAAGAGAAGUGUUUCUGAGAUGUGUGUAGAUAUUCAUAUGAGUGUGACCUCAAUGGCAGAGAAGUUCUACAAUGAAUUGAAACGUCGCUACUACACAACUCCGACCAGCUACCUGGAACUCAUUAAUCUGUACUUGUCAAUGUUACAAGAAAAGACAAAGACUCUAAAAAGCAACCGUGACAGAGUGAAAAAUGGCCUGACCAAACUCCUGGAGACAAAUGAGCUUGUUGACUCAAUGAAGAAAGAGUUGAUUGCCCUGGAGCCUGAAUUGAAGAAGAAAUCUGCUGACACCCAGAAAUUGAUGGAAGAUUUAGUAGUGGACCAAGAGAAGGCAGAUCAGGUAAGAAAGGUUGUGAUGGAAGAUGAAGCUGUCGCUAAAGUUAAAGCUGAGGAAACUCAAGCCAUUGCUGAUGAUGCUCAGAGAGACCUGGAUGAGGCCCUGCCAGCACUAGAGGCAGCUAUUAAGGCACUUGAUUCCCUUGAUAAAAAUGACAUAGCAGAAAUCAGAGUUUUUACAAAGCCUCCAGAACUGGUACAGACAGUCAUGGAAGCUGUAGCCAUUCUGUUAAAUCAAAAAACUGACUGGCCCAGUGUCAAAGUCAUGUUAGGAGAUGCCAACUUCCUCAAGAAACUCUCUGAAUAUGACAAAGACAACAUACCAGAAUCCAUUUUGAAAAAAUUAAAGAAAUACACAGAAAACCCCAAAUUUGUGCCUGAAGUUGUAGAAAAAGUUUCCAAGGCUUGCAAGUCUAUGGUGAUGUGGGUUAGAGCCAUGGACCUGUACUCUAAAGUCUUCAAAACUGUAGAGCCAAAGAGAAAUGCUCUCCACAAGGCCCAACAAGAACUGGACACUGUGAUGAAGCUACUGAAAGAGAAGCAGCAGAAGUUAGCCAGCGUGGAAGCCAAGAUUGCUGAGCUCCAGAAAACCUAUGAUGACAGUGUGGCUGAGAAACAAAAGCUAGAAAGGAAUAUUGCCACCACUGCUGGUCGACUGAAGCGAUCAUCCAAAUUGACCACUGCCCUUGCUGAUGAGCAGAUCCGCUGGCAAGAGAGUGUUGCAGACUUUGAAAUACAGAUCAACAAUGUAGUUGGAGAUGUGUUCAUCUCUGCAGCUUGUGUGGCCUACUAUGGAGCCUUCACAUCUGUCUACCGUCAAGAAUUGGUCAAAACUUGGACAAGUCGUUGCAUGGAACUAGAAAUACCUGUCACAGAGGGCAUGUCACUGGCUUCUGUACUGGCUGACCCAUUUGAAAUCAGACAGUGGAAUGCAGACGGCCUGCCCAGGGAUCAAGUAUCUAUUGAAAAUGCCAUUCUUGUGACCAGAGGCAGGCGUUGGCCCCUGAUGGUUGACCCUCAAGAACAGGCUAAUCGUUGGGUUAGAAACAGAGAAUCUAAAAAUGGUCUGAAAGUGAUAAAACUUACAUCCAGUAAUUUCCUAAGAACUUUAGAGAAUUGUAUUCGUAUUGGUAUGCCAGUCUUGUUGGAAGAUGUUGGAGAGACCUUGGAUCCUGCACUAGAGCCAGUGUUAUUGAAACAGACCUUUAUGUCUGGUGGCCGUCUGCUGAUACGACUUGGUGACAGUGACAUUGACUAUGAUAGAAACUUCCGCUUCUACAUGACAACUAAGCUGUCAAACCCCCACUACCUCCCUGAGGUCUGCAUUAAAGUGACAAUCAUCAAUUUCACAGUGACCAAGUCAGGCCUUGAGGACCAGCUUCUCAGUGAUGUUGUACGUUUAGAACGACCUGAUUUGGAAGAACAAAGAAACCAACUCAUUGUGCGCAUCAAUGCAGACAAGAAUCAGCUGAAAGCCAUUGAAGACAGAAUUCUGAAGCUCUUGUUUGAGUCUGAGGGAAACAUCCUGGACAAUGAGGAACUAAUUAAUGUUUUAAAUGAAUCUAAGGUUACAUCAGGAGUCAUAAAGCAACGUCUGGCUGAAGCAGAAGCCACUGAGCAGAAAAUCAGUCAGGCUAGAGAGAAGUAUCGUGUUGUUGCUGAGAGAGGGUCAGUCAUGUACUUUGUGGUGGCAGACAUGGGAGAGGUGGAUCCUAUGUACCAGUUCUCUUUGAAAUACUUUAAACAGCUAUUCAAUGCUACCAUUGAAACCAGUGAGAAAUCAGACGAUCUUCCAAAGAGGUUAAAGAUUUGUUUGGAUGAGACCACAAAAUGUAUUUAUAACAAUGUGGCCAGAGGUCUGUUUGAGAAGCACAAACUGGUCUUCUCCUUCAUGCUUUGUGGUGAAAUCAUGAAGACUGCAAAGGUCAUCAGUGACGCUGAGUGGAACUUCUUCCUAAGAGGAGUAUCAGGGGGAUUAGACAAACAACGCCCACCUAAACCUGAAGUUGAUUGGCUGAAACAAAGUGUAUGGAACACGGCUUGUGACCUCAGUGAUACCUUUGAUAUUUUCAAGGGAAUCCAAAAUGAUUUGACCAAGACGCCAGUUUGGGUGCUUCUAGGCGAUGGAACAAAGUUCAAUGCCAAUCCUGAGAAAGAUGAAAGUUAUGUUCCUCUGCCCCCAGAGCCAUCUCCAGCUCAGCUUGCACCAAGUGAGCACUCAGUCAAUGGUCACUGGGAUAAGAGACUCAACAGUUUUCAAAAACUUAUGUUUGUAAAAGCUUUCAAGGAAGAAAUGACAACAUAUGCUGUGAACAAGUUUGUGUGCAGCAACCUUGGCCAGCAGUUUGUGGAAAGUCCAGCUGUUAGCCUGGCUGACCUGUAUGACAACAUGAACAACAUCACUCCACUUGUGUUUGUUCUGAGCACUGGUUCAGAUCCCAUGGGAGCUUUCCUCAGAUUUGCUAAAGAGAGGGACUACACAGAGAGAAUACAGUCCAUAUCAUUGGGUCAAGGUCAAGGCCCAGUAGCAGAAAAGAUGAUAUUCUCUGCUAUCAAAAAUGGUGAUUGGAUAUUCUUACAGAAUUGCCAUUUAGCAGCCUCAUGGAUGUUGUCAAUGGAAACCAUUGUUAAAGACAUUGCUGAAAAGCCCAGUGAUAUCCACAAAGAUUUCCGUCUUUUCUUGUCCUCAAUGCCUGCUAAGCAUUUCCCAGUCAGUGUUUUACAAAACUCUGUCAAAGUCACCAAUGAACCACCGAAAGGCAUCAGAGCCAAUCUAAGGAGAGCUUUUGCUGAAAUUACUGCUAGCUUCUUUGAAGAGCAUGUUCUGGGUAUGGACUGGAGACGAAUCAUAUUUGGCAUCUGUUUCUUCCAUGCAAUAAUCCUUGAAAGAAAGAAGUUUGGACCCUUAGGGUGGAACAUUAAGUAUGAGUUCAAUGACAGUGACAGGGAGUGUGCUUUGUUAAAUUUACAAAUGUUUUGUGCAGAGGGUUCCAUCCCAUGGGACACAUUAAUUUACAUUACUGGAGAGAUUACUUAUGGAGGUCGUGUGACCGAUGCCCAAGAUCAACGAUGUUUGCGCACUGUGCUGAAGACUUUCUUCCAACCAAUCACACUAGAGCCAAAUUACAAAUAUUCAACAUCAGGUAUCUAUUAUGCCCCACUUGUUGAUACCAUUGGAGAAUAUAGGCAGUAUAUAGAAGAACUUCCUCAGAUCGACCAGCCGGAAAUCUUUGGCAUGCAUGAGAAUGCCAACAUUGCAUUCCAGAUCAAUGAGACCAAUGCACUCAUUAACACUAUCCUUGAUGUUCAGCCAAGACUGUCCUCAGGUGGCUCAGGCAAGUCCAACGAUGACAUUGCUGAUGAGCUUGCACAAAACAUCAAAGGAAAGCUCAUGGACAAACUGGACAUUGAGUUGGCAAAAGCAGAGAUGUUUCAGCUGGACGAGAAAGGGCGCAUGAACUCGCUGACAACAGUAUUACAACAAGAAGUUGAUAGAUUCAACAAACUUCUCAAAGUUAUUAAGAGCUCAUUGGAACAACUACAGAAAGCAAUCAAAGGUUUUGUGGUUAUGAGUGAAGAACUAGAGCGUGUGUAUAAUGCUUUCCUCAACAAUCAGGUUCCAGGAUUAUGGGCCAGUGCAGCUUAUCCUUCACUCAAACCUCUGGGUUCAUGGGUGAAAGAUUUGGUACUCAGAUGUGCUUUUAUCAACAACUGGAUUGUUCAUGGACUUCCAAAAUCUUUCUGGUUGUCUGGAUUCUUCUUCCCACAAGGCUUUCUAACUGGCACCCUACAGAACUAUGCCAGGAAAUACAACCUUCCCAUCGACCAUUUAAGUUUUCAGUUUAACAUGAUCAAAGUGUUAAGAGACCAGGCUGAAGUCACUGUUCAGAUGCAGUCUCUCAAGUUUGGAGAAGAGAUUCCGCUGGACAAAGAGAUCACCUUACCAGAGGAUGGUGUUCUGGUCCAUGGACUGUUCAUGGAUGGUUUUAGGUGGGACUGGGAUGAGAUGGUCUGUACAGACUCCAUUCAAGGUCAAAUGAAUUCCAGUCUUCCCAUGAUGCACAUGGAACCCAAAAUGGACUAUGUGCCCAGUGAACUCCUGUAUACUGCACCUCUGUAUAAGACUGCUGAGAGGGCAGGUGUACUCUCGACAACAGGUCACUCCACCAACUUUGUUGUGCCUGUACAGUUACCCUCAAACAAACCUCAAGAUUAUUGGAUAGCUAAAGGAGCUGCAUUGCUGUGUCAACUCAGUGAUUAACUAACAUAAAUUUGUAGCUUUAGGAUUCAUCUAUAUAUUUUUUGUUUUCGAAGAAAUAAACUACAACUUUCUUGGAAAAUACGCAUCCAGAAUUCCUAAAAAAAAAAAGUGUUUCUUGGAAAGUCAUAAUUUUUAAUGAAGAUUGUUAUUGUAUAAAUCUUUUUUUUUUUUUUUUUAGAAAAAUUCAUCAAUACAGUUAGAUGUAGCUCUAUCUUAUUUGUCUGUGAUAUUUUUCUGUUUAUGUUUUACUAGUAAUUGCUUUGUAUACUGCUUUGACUGGCUCCUAAUGGUCAUCCAAUUUUUAGACAGCUAGCUAUUCUUGUUAUAUAUUUUGUUUAAAGUAAUAUGAAGUUUAAAAUGUUUAUAUUAUAAAAUAAUGAUACCUAUAUUCUAAUUAUUUUUGGCAAUUUUUUGAAUUUUGUGAAGACUUAAAUUUGUGUGUUAUUGUGAGCAUCAAUUUUAUUUCAUUUAUAUUUCAUGUUAACUUGUUUCAUGCAGUCUUAUUAUGAUAUCUCAUUGCAUUAAUUUAAUUAUCUUCUUUUCAGUCUUGAUCAUAUAUUUGCAGUACAAAUUGUUUAUUUUUGAAGGAAGAUGUAUGGCUGGCUGGUAUAAACCACUUUGCUACUUAUAAAUUUUGAAUCUUAACUCAACCUGUGUUGUGUUUGCUAAGCACUUAAAGGCAUCACAGAAAUCAAGAGACCCUCUUUUACAUCUACAAACCUUCUCCAAGAUACCCUCUCUCAUCACAUCUACAAACCUUCUCCAAGAUACCCUCUUUCAUCUACAAACCUUCUCCAAGAUAACCUCUCUCAUCACAUCUAUAAAAGAGAUUGGACCAGAGAGGAAUAAUCUUGCAUUAAAGAUGUUUUGUACAAAAGCAAUUUUAUUUUUUAAACAUUUUUUUUUUAUGUUUGAUUUCUAUAAAGAAAAAAAAAAUAAUCCAGAUGCCACACACACAGCUAGCAAUUUAUUGCUCCUCCUCCCUGCUCAAGGACUAAAAACAAACUCAUUUGUUGCAAUGUUUUAACUCUUUUUCAUUCAUUGUUACUGCAUAAAUGUAUAUGUUACAGAGUGAGACAGAUUUAGUGAUGUAAAUUGAAUUAUAUUCAAAAUAUGACCUUAUGCUGCAUUCUUUAAUAAAGCUCAUUACAAAGCAAUUGUGAUAUUCAACUUGUGUUGCUGUACAUUUGGUAUGACUUUAACAUGUGUUUAAUAUUGAUAUAGAACUUGUCAUAAUAAAUAUUCUUAAUAUUUGUA